AUGGGCGUAAACCAGUCAGUCCCGAGAAUAACCGCUCAAGACAAAGCCAUUCUUGACUUGAAGCUGCAACGCGACAAGCUCAAGCUAUAUCAGCGUAAGAUCCAAGCUAUUCUUGAUCGUGAACAAGAAAUUGCGCGGCAACACCUCCUUGCGGGCGAGAAGGAUCGCGCACUUAUCGCGCUGCGAAGGCGAAAGUAUCAACAGAGCUUACUGACCAAGACCGAUGCUCAGCUGGAGACCCUGGAGCAACUGGUUUCGAACAUCGAGUUCUCGCUGGUGGAAGUCUCGGUGCUGCACGGGUUGAAGCAAGGGAACGCUGUACUCAAGGAACUGCAUAAGGAAAUGAGCGUAGAGAGCGUAGAGAAGCUCCUCGACGAGACGCAGGAAGCUCGGGCAUACCAGCAGGAAAUUGGGGAUAUGCUCGCCAAUAAUCUUACCCUGGAUGAGGAAGACGCCGUUCAAGCCGAGCUUCUGGAGCUCCAGAGAGAGGCAGCAAGUAUUCUGCGUUCUCGUCAUGUUAUUGCGCUGAUUUCUUUGAGUAUAGCUGGGUAG